AUGCGGUUGGCAGUGUAUGUCAUGCUUUGGAUUAGACUGGUUAUUUCACAGGCUAUCAGUGUUGUAAGCAAGUACCUCAGCAAACAAUAUUGGGUAGCAGUGAAAUGGAUGACGGCACCUAACGCACAAACACCAGUAGGUAUCAGAGGUGCUGAAGCUCCAACUCAUGUUAAUGCUCUACAAAGUCCAGACAAUACAGAUGGGAAUGCUGCUCCAGAAGACAAGAUUAGCGAUGUUCACCUGUUCUCCAAAUGGGGAUUUUCUCAGAAGAAUGGCGUUGGGCUGGCUGAAUUCAAAGCUGGAGUUGUUCUUGAUUUCGAGACGUUGGUCGGGAAGAUGGGCCUUAGCUGCAUCCGAAUGGGACUUGAAGAUUUCUAUGCGGCACACACAGAUUACACCACAAGGCUCAGUCUCCAUAUUAGAGAUUCAAAGAACGAUGUUGUCGUUGCAGCGUCUGCAGCUCUGGACUUGUUAAAAAACGUAGAAGUGCAGGCCAUCAUAGGCCCACAAAAAUCAGCAGCAGCAGACUUUGUGGCCAAAGUCGGAGUGAAAACGCAAGUGCCCAUCAUUUCUUUCUCUGCAACAAGCCCUUCCCUCUCUUCCUCCCGAGCUCCUUAUUUUAUCCGAACAGCACAGAAUGACUCUUCCCAAGUGAAGGCAAUCACAGCCAUUGUUCAAGCUUUUGCAUGGAGGGAGGUCGUUCUCAUCUAUGAAGACACUGAUUAUGGAACUGGAGUUAUUCCUUAUCUCACCGACGCAUUCCAGGAUAUCAAUACUCAAGUCCCAUUUAGAAGCGUCAUUCCGCUCCAAGCAACUGAUGAUCAGAUACUCAGGGAGCUCUACAAGUUGAUGACCAGGCAAACAAGAGUAUUCGUUGUGCACAUCUCAUCUUCUCUUGCGGUCCGCUUCUUCCCAAAGGUGAAAGAGGCAGGGAUGAUGAGUACAGAUUACGUGUGGAUUAUAACAGACGGGCUAACGGACCUCUUGGAUUUGAUGGGUUCGUCAGUCAUCGAUUCGAUGCAAGGGGUCUUGGGCCUGAAACCAUAUGUAGCAAAGUCAAAAGAUCUUGAUGAUUUCACAGUUAGAUGGAAGAGAAAGUUCCGCCAGGAGAAUCCUGAUGCAGAAAGAGUUGAGCCAAGUAUUUUUGGUUUAUGGGCAUAUGAUACAGUUUGGGCACUGGCAAUGGCGGCAGAGAGAGUCGGGACUGCGAAUUCCCACUUCCAGAAACCAAAAACCAUUGAAAAUUCAACAGAAUUGGAGACUCUGGGUGUCUCCCAGGUGGGUCCAAAACUUCUUGAUGCCAUCUUAAAAACAGAAUUCCAUGGCUUGAGCAGCGAGUUUCGCCUCAUCAAUGGGGAAUUGCAGCCACUGGCCUUCCAAAUAGUUAAUGUGAUGGGGAAAGGGGCAAGAGAGAUCGGAUUUUGGACACCGACUUAUGGAAUUUCACGGAAUUUGAACUUGAACACAGAUCCGGAGAAAACGUACUCUGCUUCCAAGGAUGAUCUUGCACCUGUAUUUUGGCCAGGAGAAUCAACGUCUGUGCCAAAGGGAUGGAUGAUACCUACAGGUGAGAAGAAGAUGAGAAUUGGUGUUCCAGUGAAAUAUGGGUUCCGUGAGUUUGUGAAGGUCGAACAAGAUUCUCGCACGAAUGCAUCAAUUGUCACUGGAUUUAGCAUAGAUGUGUUCAAAGCAGUAAUAGAGACUUUACCAUACGCCGUCCCUUACGAACUCAUUCCAUUCAAAGGCCCAGACGAGCACAUGGCUGGGAGUUACAAUGAUCUGGUUUACCAGGUUCAUCUCCAGAAAUAUGAUGCAGUGGCAGGAGAUAUAACAAUCACAGCCAACCGUUCUUCAUACGUGGAUUUUACACUGCCUUACACAGAGUCAGGGGUAUCCAUGGUAGCACCAAUGAGAGAGGACAGGAAAAAUGCUUGGAUUUUCUUAAAACCCCUCACUAGGGACCUUUGGCUGGUGAGUUGGGCCUUCUUUAUCUUCACAGGCUUUGUGGUGUGGGUGCUAGAACACAGCAUAAACAGCGAGUUUAGAGGCCCGGCUUCUGAACAACUUGGCAUGACCAUGUGGUUCUCAUUCUCAACGCUCGUCUUUGCAAACAAGGAGAGGGUGGUUAGCAACCUGUCUAGAUUUGUGUUGAUAAUAUGGUUUUUCGUGGUGUUGGUCCUGACAUCAAGUUACACUGCAAGCUUGACAUCUAUGCUAACCGUUGAAAGGCUCCAACCGACAGUCACCGAUGUUGCAGAACUUAUCAAGAAUGGGGACUAUGUGGGGUAUCAACGGACCUCAUUCGUGUUUGGGCUACUCAAGGAGAUGAAGUUCGAUGAGUCCAAGCUUAGGGCCUACGGCACUCCAGAAGAGUUUGAUGAGGCCUUAAUUAAUGGAAGUAAGAAUGGUGGUGUUAGUGCUAUUUUCCAUGAGGUCCCAUACAUCAAGCUCUUCCUCUCAAAGUACUGCGGUAAAUACUCAAUGGUUGGACCCAUUCAUCCUACAGCAGGGUUUGGUUUUGUCUUUCCUAAAGGGUCACCUUUGGUCCCAGACGUUUCAAGGGCGAUCUUAAAUGUAACUCAAGGCGACAGAAUGGUGACGAUCCAGAAAGCAUGGUUUGGGGAUCAGACCACUUGUGUAAACCAAGGCCCCACUGUAACAUCACAAAGACUUGCCCUUGAUAGCUUCUCAGGCCUCUUUCUCAUCACCGGCUUCGCUUCAAUUUCUGCCCUUACCAUAUUCUUAGCUUUCUUCCUCUUCAAAAACAGGGGCAUUUUUACCAACGCACAAUAUGAUUCCAUUUGGGAAAGAUUCAUCGCUAUAGUCAAGCGUUUUGACCAAAUGGAUGACUCUGCUGAUCGCUCAAGGAUGAUCGAAUCCAUUAUCACGCUUUUGGACCUAGGAUUGUUUACCACUUGUUGUUGUAGGAUGAUGGCACCUAAUGGACAAACACUAGUGCGUAUCGAAGGCGUUGAAGCUCCAACUCAUGUUAAUGCUGCGCAAAGUCCGAUGAGCAUUCCAUACGAUACAGAUGGAAAUAAUGCUCCCGAAGAUGAGAUUAGCUAUGUUCAUUCAGAUGCGUCACCAUCUGGAGAGGGAACUAUACAACUUAGAAAUAUGAAUCCAAAUACAGCACUAUCUACACAGAUAGUGGAUGAAAAUCAACGCUAG